AGUCCACCGCCAUGUCAUCUGGGGACGGCACCCCGCCCGCGGCCGCCGCGCUCUGUAGCCUGUACCACGAGGCCGGCCAGCAGCUGCAGCGCCUGCAGGAUCAGCUGGCCGCGCGCGACGCCCUGAUCGCGAGCCUCCGCACCCGCCUAGCGGCUCUGGCAGGGGACACGGCGCCGUCACUCGUGGACGCGCUUCUGGAUCAGGUGGAGCGCUUCCGUGAGCAGCUGCGGCGGCGGGAGGAAGGAGCUUCUGAGGCCCAGCUGCGCCAGGAAGUUGAGAGACUUACUGAGAAACUAGAAGAAAAAGAGAGGGAGAUGCAGCAGCUGAUGAGCCAGCCUCAGCAUGAGCGAGAGAAGGAAGUCGUCCUGCUUCGGAGAAGUGUGGCAGAGAAGGAACAAGCCAGGGCCGCCAGCGACAUCCUGUGCCGCUCCUUGGCUGAUGAGACCCACCAACUGCGCAGGACGUUGGCUGCCACUGCCCACAUGUGCCAGCAUCUGGCCAAGUGUCUGGAUGAACGACAGCACGCGCAGGGAGACAUGGGGGAGAAAAGCGCUGACGAGCUAGGGCAUACAAGCAGGAAUGCUUCUGGCAAGAGCGUUAUUGAGAAGUUACAGGAAGAAAAUCGACUGUUAAAGCAGAAGGUGACUCAUGUCGAAGACCUCAAUGCCAAGUGGCAGCGUUAUGAUGCCAGUAGGGAUGAGUAUGUGAAAGGGUUACACGCACAGCUAAAGAGGCGGCAGGUACCUCCUGAGCCUGAGCUGUUGAAGAAGGAGAUUUCCAGGCUUAACAGACAGCUGGAGGAGAAAAUAAAUGACUGUGCAGAAGCAAAACAGGAGCUGGCAACUGUGAAGAUGGCCCGGGACACGGCGCUGGAGCGAGCGCAGAUGCUAGAGCAGCAGAUUCUUGCUUACAAAGAUGACUUCAAAUCAGAAAGGGCAGAUCGGGAACGAGCUCAUAGUAGGAUUCAAGAACUGGAAGAAAAGGUCAAGUCUUUGAUGUCGCAAGCAUCCCAGAGACAGCAGGACUCCCAGGAGCCAGGACCCUGUCGGAUUCAUACGGGGAACAAAACUGCCAAGUACUUAGAGAUGGAUGCACUGGAGCGUGUGGCAGCUGGUGGUUGGAGGCCCGGGCCUGGGUCCCAACAGCUGGAACUGCCUGCAGAGGGUGGGCAUGUCUGCACAGCCCACAGAGGCCAGGGCGACCUUCAGUGUCCUCACUGCCUGCAGUGCUUCAGUGAUGAGCAAAGCGAGGCGUUCUUCAGGCACCUGUGGGAGUGCUGCCAAUGAGCCAGAGCCACCAUGCCCACUGUGGCCCCUGACCAGCAUAGCUGCUCUAAGGGUCUGGGUAGGUGUCCUCAGACUCAGCCCUCAACUUGUAUGCUGCAUUCUAAUGGGAUCUAGGGUCCACACAUGGGCAGGGGCACUGGUAGGCCAUUUUGUUUUGUUUGGCCAUGGUUUAGACUGGGUCAGAGUGAACUGUUGGCAGAGCAGAAGAGAUGGGGUCAGGGGCAUCACAUGCAUAUCAAUGUUGUCUCUCCUAUGGAAUUUGGACUGUCAAUUCAGAGCUGCAAACUAUCUGGUGUGAGAGUAUCCCGAGGCCUGCUUGCAUCUUGAGUUGUGUUGCUUGCUGGAAGAGGGUGUGCAGCAGGGGGUCCUCUCCAGGGUGGGAACUCCAUCAUGCUGUACAGUAAGGGUGCCUCACUCCCAGACUGGUCUGCUGCACUAGUUGCCAGCACACCAGAGCCUUCCCAGACACAACAGUCACAGAGAUGCACCCAGUACCAUCGCCUUGCAAUAGCACUUGUAUUUCCA